GGGAUGUUCGGCGGCGGCCACUGGUCAGCCAGGCCCUAGUGUAUGUGUAUCCGGCGGAGUUUUCAGUCGGAGAAGGGCAAAUGAUUAUUGAUUUCUAUUCGCAGUCGGCGCAAGGGCGAUCUAUAUCAUACGCCGCCCUCCGUUUGCUGGCGCUCUCUUGCUUGCAGUAUUACGAACUUGUUGCAACCCCCCAAAAUCGACGACAAUGACAGAGGUUUCCCCGGUCCCCCCUCGAGAAGAAGCCCCUUCGCGGAUCAAACUACGGUCGGCCUGCGAUCGCUGCUCGCUCAACAAGAUCAAGUGCAGCCAGGACAAGCCUGAGUGCCAGCGAUGCAAGACGAUCGGAGUACAGUGCCAUUACAGCCGGUCGAUGCGCAUGGGCAAACCGCGCAAGUCGGCCAAGGCGAAGGCAAUGGCAAGUGCGAAUGCGAAUAAUAACAACACAAACAACAACGAAGCCUCCCGGAAGGUCGACGAUGUUCCGUUAUGGCAACAGGCAGAUAUACAUCACCCUUGGUCGACCGCCGACUGGAAUUUCGACAGCGUGCUGGCUGGACAUGAGGCCAGCAGCAGCGCCGGAGACUUUCUGCAGCCUCUUUUCGACUCCCCCGCCGAAAUUGCGCCGACCGCGUACAGCCAACAGUCCGACGACUCGUUCCUGGGAAUCUCGCCGCAGUCGCAGUCGCAGUCACAGUCGCCUGCCUCGUCCGGCCACAAUGCCACCAUAAUUAAGGACGACCCGGAAAAUGUCUACUUGUCACCAAGCAGCUACUAUGCUGCCUCUUUUGACGCCGCCUUGCUACCCCCCGCGACGACCCCGCCAGAGGGCCUGAGCCCGUCGAUGCUGAUCCCGCAGUCCAAACCACACGACUGCACCCAGCUGGCCCUGGAAACUCUGGUGUCGCUGAGUCUGCCCUCAACUGUGCAGAAAACCAGCCAAGGACAGCCGCGCCCGACCAUGGACCAAGUUCUCAGAGCGAACUGCGAAGCGAUCAAAAACACCUCCACGAUGCUGUCCUGCGGCUGCCCCAAGGACUCGUCGUUUCCCAUGCUUAUCGCUACCAUUUUCUCCAAAGCAUUGGCCUGGUACCAAGCAGCCGUCGGCUUCAACGAUGACGGCCUGUUUGAUAGUGCCUCGGCCGGCAAUGCGGCGGUCUUCAACCACGCCGUCGAAGAAGUCGUCCACCGCCCCAUCUCCGUCGGCGGCUACGAGCUGGACGAUGAAUCCUGCGAUCUGAUGAAAUUCCAGCUCGUCUUGAGCCGAUUGCGGAUGAUGUCCAAGCCAAUUAAGCAGUACCUCGAUAUGUAUGCUCCCUCAGGAAGCUAUCCCUCCCCGUCAUCUGAUGCCAAACCCGCCGUAUCAACCGUCAGUUCCAUGCAAGUGUUUUUGACAAUGGGCAUUUUUGUGCAAAGUCGACUACAGCAUACAAUUGAUGAAUUGCAGUCCAAAGUGUCUCAGUGACUGCCACUCGUCAAUUGUUGUUUUGCUACUCGUUUCGUCAAUUGACUCGGUGUUACAUAUGUAUGAGCUGGCCUCGGGAGUUUCUAGUUUCUUUUAGCGUGGGGGAAUUUUCAACAAAGCAUAGCGAGGCGAAGGGUUCCAAGAUUUUUUUACGAUCUCAACGAUUAAUGACUGGACAUGGCUUCUUUCUUUUUUCAAAAUCUGUCCAAUGAACUUUGACUUCAACGUGGUUACACGAAUGGAGACAAUUUAACAUGUAUCUAUAUAUCGAUCUAUAUGGCAACGUUCGUCGAAUAUUACGUCGUCUACACGAAUACAGUGGUUUGGACUACUGCCGCAUAAACAAUUGACAACUGGAAUUCGUC